ACAGUUCGAAACAAACAACUGGCAUCGCUUUGCUAGUAAAUUUCAGUGUUAAGCAAUAUGGCUACACCGCCACCACCAACAAAACCUCCUAGGGGUGUAAAAUAUGGAAAAGAUGAGGCUGGCUGUGGUCUCAUUGUUAAUGUCAUUAAAUCAUUGGGUCUCAGUGAGACCAAUGAAGAACGUCAAAAAGAAAAGUCUAAAAUUGAAAAUGAAUUUAAGAAAUCUGAUAAAAGAUUAAAUGAUUUGGUAUCGAAACAUGAUCAACAACUAUCACAGGUUAUACCCCUGUUCACUAAAGUAUCCACAGAGGUGAAUAACAGUCGAGAGAAGAUACAUGCGGUUAAGGAGAAUUUGAGUGCCUGCAAAAGACUACUGCAAUGUAGAAGGGAGGAGUUAAAGAAAAUGUGGACAGAUGUGGUGCAACAUAAACAUGUUUUAGUGAUGUUGGAACAAAUCAACGAUUUACGUAAAGUGCCUCAAAGUGUGGUUAGUUAUACUUCUAAGCGCCAGUAUUUACAUGCCAGUAAAGUCCUAACCGAUGCUUUAAACUUAGUCAAUGGUCCGCUUAAAGAGGUCGAGGGUUUAGCUGAUAUACGCUCCGAUCUAAUGGGUCGUCGUCAACACUUAUACCAACGUUUGCAUGAGGAAUUAGUGGCUCAAGUCUACAACUGUUCAGCCAAUGGUGUUUUAAAUGAUUUACAACGUUCCAAUUCUCAACGUUUAAAUGUCAACUUUUCACGCAACAUCACUGCUCGACGUUCAACCGAUCGUAUUGAGGCCAAUGCUCGAGUACGCAAAGCUCUACAGGAAAUGGCCCAAGGUGCGGAUCUUUCAAAAACCGAAAUAAUCGAAGAUGCUGAUCUUAUAGAUCCUGAAUUAAGUAUGACCUAUUUUAUUGCCAUAAUUGUCGAGUGUUUUGGUAUGUUGCAAAAAGUACCCGAUUCCAUUGAGAAAUUACGUGUUGGCAUACAAACUGAAUUGCUGGAAGUAGUGCGCAAUACCACACGUCAAAUGAUUGAUAAUACGAUAGUGUCUAAUGAACGUUAUCCUCUGCUAACCUUAUUGGAUGUUAUCUAUAAACAAUUUAAGGCCAUAGCUCGCACUCAUGCCACGCUUUUGAAGAAUUUUUUGGUUGUUGUGCAAAAGUAUCAAGUAGUGGGACCACAACAUUAUACUUUAACCGAUUUUUGGUCACAAGCUCAGUCGGUGCUGCAAUUGCUUUUAACCGAUUAUCUUGAUAUACAAAAUGCUUCCGCUGAUGAUGCUUCACAGUCUGCAUACAGUGAGCCCACUAAUAAUAUUAACACAUUUUUCCUAAGACGCAAAGUUCCAAGUACUAAAAAAUCUCUAUUUAAAUUUGAUAAAUCAUCAACCACCAAAACACCUACAACGGAGAAUACAAAAGAGCAUCGACGCAAUGUUUCCGAUGUAUCCAAUGACAAUUUAAAUGCGGCUUUAAAUGCCAGUGGCGGUAAAGCAGGUGGUGGUGCUAGUUUUAAAACAACUCUUCCAUAUGAGAAACAACGUGAAAAACUAUUGAUUUGUACACCCGAUCAGGGUGUUAUAACAAAAGUCUAUUUACCUUUAAUGGGCUACAUACAAGAAAUUGAGGGUUUUAUGAAAUGUAAACCAGGGCAACCUUGCAGUCUACAUGAUUUCAUUGAUAACUACAUAAAGGAUACAUUCCUUUCCAAGGGUCAUAACUCUCAAUUACAAAUGACUAUUGAUACCUUUUCGAAAAAUCAAGAUGUUUGGCGGGCCAUUAUAAUGCCCGAAGAAAUGAAAUUAAUGAAUCUUUCUCGGCCCAUACUACAGUCCACGGCUAGAGUUGAAAGAUGUUUAAUAGAAACCAAACAACUUAUACAAGAUUUACCUUUCUAUUCGGAGGAGCUAUUGAAGACUGUGUGCUCGGUUUUAAAAGAUUAUAGGGAAAUCUGCCAGGCGGCUUAUCGUGGCAUAGUGCAGCCCGAUACCGAGGAUAAAAGAAUUUAUAGUGUCACCUGGUUAAAAGAUGAGGAUAUUAGUAGAUUUUUAAAAACUUUACCUAAUUGGAUGGAUUUGAAAAAUUCCACACAACCUCCUACUAAACAAAAUAAGAAAUUACAUCGCAAUACUUUUGAGACCUCAGAAGAAGAAAGUCCUGUUGAUGUACAACAACGUAAUAUAAGAGAAGCCGAAAUGUUAAUUAGUAAUUUGGGCAAAGAUGGUAUAUCUCAGCAAGAGAUUUUAGCCGAUAUUAGUGUUCUAAAAGAAUUGGCCAUACUGCAAGAGAGUAUGGAAUGGUUUUCGGCUCGUAUAUCAGAAUUUGCCAAUGAUUUGCGUAGACCAUUGGGUAAUGGCUUGACUACAGGUGUAGCGGUUAAUGAUGGCACUAUUAAGGUUUUAACUAAUUUGGCUUUGGAAUUUGAUGAGUUGGCCAAUACAUGUUUGCUGGUUUUACAUUUAGAGGUCCGUGUGCAAUGUUUCCACUAUUUGCGUUCGAAACGCGCUCCAACACGCGUGGAUAGUUUUAUUGAUUCAAAAGAUGAUAUUUUAGAGCCUGAUCACCAGGUUCAGGUAUUUACCAAACGUUUGUCUGAAAUGGAUGAAGCUUUUCGGAAUACUUUACAUCCCAGAAAAACAAAGUAUAUCUUUGAAGGUUUGGCACACUUUGCAGCACGUAUUUUAAUACAAGCCUCCAAUACUAUUGAACAAAUAGAUCAAAUCACCGUACAACGUAUGUGUCGUAAUGCUUUGGCCUUACAACAAACCUUAAGUAAUAUAACAGCCUCGCGGGAGGUAGCACUCGAUCAAGCUAAACAAUUUUAUGAAUUGUUAUGCAUGGAACCUGAUGUCAUACUCACCACUCUGGUGGAGCGUGGUUUACAAUUCACAGAAUUACAAUAUCUUAACGCUUUACAAUUAUCGUGCAAAGCACGCGGCAUAACAGAUUCCAAUACUUUGGCCAAUUAUCAACAAAGAUUAUCGGAUAUUUUGGGAGCAGAACCUUCCACUGGCAUAGUCGUAUAAUAUAAAUAAAUACAAAAAACAAGACAUGUUUUAACUAAGAAAUACUUUUCCCUCUUUAUCUAUCUCCUUCACUUUGUAUUGAUGUCAUCUUUUGCUUUAUAUAUUCAUAAUAUCCUUAAAGAAUAAUAAGUUUUAUUUACAUUUAUAUACUUAUAUAAACAUUUAUUUUAGCUUUUAAGUCGUUUAUAUUUUCCCAGCUUGAGUUUACAGACACAUUACAAACAUAAAUACUUCAUAAUAUAUAUAUGGCCUGAGUAUAGUUAUUAUUCUUUUGGUUUUUAGUUAAGAGCUUAAAGUUUUUACCUUUGAAUAGUUAUUAAAGCAAAAGAAAAUAAUAUUUAUAUUUAUUUAAAUGCAAUUUUUAAGUUCAAAUUUCAAUGUUUAAACAAAAAAAGAAAAAUAUAUGUAUAACUUUAUAUAAACAAAGAUAAACCAAUUCAUAUACUACUAUUAUUAAAGAAAAACUUUACAGAAGAAAGCUGAAAAACAAAUUACUCAUUAAACAACCGGAAAAACAACGUUCAAUUCACUUGGUGAUGUUUAAACAAUUUUGCUUAACUAAGUUGUUCAUUAUUAAUUAAUUAUAUUAUAUAAUAUACAUUAUACAAAAUAAAAAAACACAACAAAUAUGUAUUAUUUAAAGAAAACAAAUAAAAAAUGAAACAAAAU